UGGUGUAUUACAACAUGUGGUCGCCUAUUGUCCUGUGCCUCUUUGUGGGCGUUACCUUGGCUUCAAACCCUGGCUGGAAACAUGGUGCUGAGUAUGUAUAUUCGUUGGAAGGACGUACCCUGGCUAAUGUUGAUGCUCUUUCUCAACAACAAUCUGGAAUCCUAUUUAAAGGUACCCUUAGACUUCAACCAUUAUCCGAAGGAAAACUGAGAGGAUUAAUCGAGAAAGCUGAGUACGAUGAUAUCCAUGCUGAACUUCCCGAUGGAUGGCAAACCGAAAUUCCUGACAAACAAGUUUCUUGGAAACAACUUAAGAUGGUUAAGAAGCCAUUCGAAGUUGAAAUGAGGAACGGCAGAAUUACUGGUUUGAUUGUCAGCAAGUCUCUUGCUAACUGGGAAGUUAACUUUAUCAAGAGUAUUAUGAGUCAAUUCCAGUUGAACACUAAAGGAGAACAACUUAUCGAGAGUCCCCUUAACAGCCUCCCAGAAGAAGGACCUAAUAAUCAAGAAGCUGUUUUUCUUGCUAUGGAAGACACCGUUACCGGUGAAACUGAAACGUUGUACCUUAUUAGACCUUUACCAGAAGAAGUAGUGCAAAGAAAAUCUGGUGAAGCUAAAUACCUGGAUGCUGCUGAAAACGAAGAUAUUAUCGAGAUUAUUAAACAUAAAAAUUACAGCAAAGCUGAGGAAUUACCCGCCUACUCCUAUGGAUUUGCCAAACUUAGAAACGGAGAGCCAGCUGGUAAUCAAAUGGGAGAAUUCUUCACCAGAGAAACAUUUUCCCGUGUUAUUGUAACUGGAAGCUUACAACAGUUCACGAUUCAGAAAUCUUUUACCGUUAACAAAGCCAUCGUAAGCCCAACUUUAAGUGACAAUGAUAAAGCCUCAGUUGUAUCAGUAGUAAAUGCUACAUUGGAAGAAAUUAAAUCUCCAGAACAAAACAUCGAUGAAGUACCUCAACCAGUUAAUGUAGGAAACCUUGUGUAUUCUUAUGGAAAACCAUCUGCUCUCUCAGGAGCCUCAAAAAGAUCCGGUUUACACGCUCAUAAAUAUGAUCAAAACGAUUUAAGAAGAAACAACGUAAGAGAUCGUCGUUCUCUCCAAUUUUCCUCUGAAGAAUCUUCAGAAGAAUCUGCAGAAGAUUACAUGCAAGAGCAACCGGAAUUAACUGAAUCUGCUCCACGCCCACUCUUGCCUUACACUAUAGGAUACGAAGGAAUGUCCAUUAAACAAAAAAUUAAUGUCGUCAAAGAAGUUCAAAAAUUGGCCAAGGAAAUCGCAAAAAGGAUGAAAGAUACUCAUAGAACCCACCACGAACAACUUUUAGAUCAAUUCCAAAAUAUGGUUUCGUUAAUUCGUAUUAUGAAUUUCCAAGAACUGCAACAAGCUGCAGAAGCUUUGUACACUAACAAACGCGGAGGAUCUGAAAGUGUCGAGUGGUCCGUUUUACGCGAUGGAGUAGCUGCAUCAGGUUCUGGACCAGCACUUCUUUUAGCUAAGGAUUUGAUAAUUACAGGUAAAUUGUCUGGAGAGGAAGCAAGUCUUUUUAUCGCUAGCUUGACAGGUGCAGUUCGUGAACCAACUCCAUCAUUCUUAAAGGUAUUGUUUGAUAUCGUCAAGAAUCCUGUAGUUCAAAAACAAUGGCCUUUAAACAACACUGCUCUUCUCGGUUUGACUGAUAUUAUUAACCGUGUGUACGUUGACAAAGAACAAUCCAAAAAUCGUUUCCCAACAGAAAGUUUCGGAUCUUUCGAAACCAAAGAAGGUGAACAAUUUAUUAAAAAUGAAGUACUUCCAUACCUUAGCCAAAAGUUGAAGGAGGCCGUCGACAAUGAUGAAACCCACCAAGUUCAUGCGUAUACCCGUGUUAUUGGAAACACUGGUUCUUACUACUUCUUGCAAAUAUUCGAACCUUACUUGGAAGGAAAACAACCUUGCUCUCAAUUCCAACGCAUGCUUAUGAUAUUAGCUAUGGAAAAACUCGCAAUUGCACACCCCAAUACUGCUCAAGCUAUUCUCUUCAGAGUUUACCAAAACCCUGCAGAAACUAGGGAAGUUAGAAUGGCAGCUGUAUUCCAAAUCAUGCGCACUGGACCCAGCUCUCAAAUGCUCCAAGCUAUGGCUGAAUAUACCAACAUUGAUGAUGACGACUAUGUCAAUGCUGCUGUUAUUAGCUCCAUCAGAACUGCUUCUGAGUUGGAAGGUGAACAAUAUAUUAAAAUAAGAACUGCUGCCCAGGCCGCUGUAAAUCUUUUGAACGAUCAAAAAUCUCACGGUCUUCGUCAUGGAGCUAACUACCUCCGUACAUACGUUGUUGAAGAAUUACAAAAGAUGUACAAGGAAUCAACACAAAUCUUCGGUAGCGAUGACUCAAUGGUACCUAAAGGUAUCAGGUACUCACUUCAGCAACACAUGGGACAAAUCAAACGCAGAAUUGUUAAUGUUCAAGCUAUUACUUCCAGCGUUGAUGAUCUGUUAAAGGUAUUAGAGGAACAAACUGCUUACUUCCAACAAGAACAAUCACAACAAAAGCAAAAAUCACAAGAGCAGGAAAAGAACCAAUGGUCAAGUCACAACAUUGCAAAACUCCUUAAUAUUCAACCUGAUAAUAGAGAACAGCUUGAAGCUUUUAUGUUUAUGGAAAUCUCUGAUCAGUACCUUAUGGCUGGUUUAGACAACAGGACUAUUGAAAACCUUCCUCAAGCUAUUCGUGAAUGGGAAGAAGAGCUUAAAAAAGAAAAUCAAAUGAAUAUGUACAAACUAACAACAAGAGAAAUGGCUGUUGCUUUCCCAACAGGUCUUGGUUUACCAUUCUUGUUUACUUACGAUGUUCCAAUGCUUGCUAAGCUCGAAGGAAAACUUAGAGCUACAGCUAACCCUCAAAUUUCUCAAAACAACAAGAUCAAUAUUCCAAAUCAAAUUGACAUUAAUGCCGAUUUACAAGUUGUAAUUUCUUCAAAGGUACAAAGCAGGUUAUCUUUUACCAGCCCAAUCCACCACCAACAAUACAUUGCUGGAUUUGACAAACAUUGGCAAGUUAUUGUACCUGUUCGUGCUCAAGUACAAGUUGAUAUCAAAAACAUGAACGCUCAAGUCGAAGUUGAACUCAAGGCUGACAAAGAAGUACCACUUUUGCACUAUAGCACUGUACCUUAUACUUCUAAGAUCGAAGUUACAGAUUUCCAAGCUGUUUCACAAAGCCACAACACUAGAGUCAUUAGACAAGAUGAUUUGCAAAGCUUUGAAGCCACUUUCGGCAAAAAAUCCACUGGUAUGGCAUUCCGAGUCGAAAUUGAACAUCAAAGACAAUUCUUCGACACACUUAGUCUUAACCGUAUUUUUUCACAGCAAAGUACACUCGAUGCUAUGAAAUCUUUGUGGGAUGAUAAUUCACUUCAAUACAGUGAAAUCAACGUCUACUUCCGUCCUGAAGAAUCGCAAACCCGCAAAGCCAUCCUUAAACUUUCUUACGAAAGCAAAUACAGAUCCCAGCCAGAUUCUGAUUCAGCAAGUGAAUGGAUUCUUAACGAGAACGCUGAACCAGCUCAACGCCAAGAAGGGCUUAUGAAGAAGGUUGCUGCAGAUAUCAAGAAUGUUCAAGUAGUUUCUCUAGACGCCACUUUAGAAUUCCAAGGUCAAAAGAAGAUUAAAUACAUUUUAACCGGAGCUGUUGCUAAGAGUAACGUAGAUCCCAAAUCCCGCGUUAUGGUUUCUUACAAACGCAAAGGCGAUGCUAAACCACACGAACUGCACAUGGAAGCUAAGAGUUACAUACCUAACACCAACGCACUUGAUCUUGAAUUCACUUUACAAAACGAACCUGUAGCAAACAGCGAAAUCAAAAUUAAGUUUGGCGAUUCUGAGAAGCCCCUCUCCAAAGUUGAGCUUCAAGCAGAACAUAGAAGAUCCGAAGAGCGUAAGCAUUUCUUGAAACAACUUCCAAUUUACAGACAAUGCAAGGAUGAAAUGAGAGCUGGUAACAAACAAUUGGCAGCUUGUACUAAUGUUACUGAAGCUGCCAACCUUUUGGACGCUGUCAGUAUCAAACUACAUCACGAAAACCUAGAUGAAGACAUGGUUCAAUACAUUCAAACAGCUUUCAACGCAUUCAGAGCCUUUGCUUACCCAGAAUUAUACAUUGGUCAAAAGAAUGUCCAAUCAAGUAAAAACGAAGUAAAAAUUCAAGCCCAAUUCUACCCAGACUUACAAGCUGUAAAUGUAUCGAUUAAAGCAGAAGGUGAACAGUCUGUUUUCACAAAGAUCCCAGUUUCUCCUCUCGCCAAGGAAAUCUUUGUAGUUCAACCAGUAUUCCAUCUCCGUUCACGACUGAUGAGCUAUGCUUGGGAAAUGGACACCUACAGACCUUUCUGCACCAUCGACAAAACCCAUGUGAACACCUUCAGCAACCGUACCUACCAAGCUGAGGUUUCCAAACACUGGACACUUGCUCUACAAUACUUGAAUGGCAACUCCCGCCUACAACAACAAAAAUCCAUCCCAGAACAACUAAAACAACAGCCUGAACACUACGUAGUGCUAGUACGUGAAAGUCCCGAAUCUUCAAACAAGAAGGAAGUUAAGGUUGUGCUCAGCACUCCAGAAACUAACUUUAAAAUUGUUGAGAUUGACAUGACUCCUACUCAAUCACAAGGCUCAGGAGCUCGUGGAAAAGUUUCAGUGAAUGGACAACAAGUACCAGUCAGCGAAAAGCAAAGUCAUGACGUUAGUGAUGGAUUUAUCCAAAUCUACGCUUUACCUAAUGGAGAAAUUAAGGUUGAAGUAAAUGGAGCUCUCUACAUUAUCUACGAUGGAAACCGUGUUAAAAUGUCAGCUACCAGCGACAAGCUUAGAAACCGCAUUGUUGGAAUCUGUGGACAAUUCACAGAACAAGAGUCUGAUGAUUUCCUUACACCACAAGCCUGCAUUGCUGUCGACGAAGAAGAGUUCCUAAGAAGUUUGGAAGUAGAAGGCCAAAAGGGUAAACAACUAAGAGAUGCCUUUAAUGGUAACUCAAAGAAAUGCUUAGAUCGUGAAGUUCCAAGAUUCGUCAAUGUCAUUAAUGCUCGUGAUUACAGAAGCCAAAACUACCAACCAUCCAAAUCCACCAGAUGCACACACUUCCAGACCCAAUACCACGAAGAGGGUGACAAGAUCUGCUUCAGCAUCCAUCCUCAACCUACCUGCAGUAGCCACUGCCAACCAAGAAAACAAUUCACUAAGAAAGUACCUGUUCACUGUGUACAAAAAGGCAACGCUGCCCAAAUGUGGAAACAACAAAUCCAAAAUGGACAGAGCCCUGACUUCAGUUCUAAGUCAGAACACAGAUCUGUUUCCAUGAAGAUCCCUGAAAGCUGCUCGCAGUAAAUUUGACGACUGUGUUAUGUAUUUUAGAUAUUAGAAGCAUCGCAAAA